GUGAAAAAUUCCCCUGACAGGAAGAUUUGCUUUUCAUUGCUCAGGUUUCAGUCCUGAGCAAGUAGCCGCAAGACGAGGGGAGAAACUCUUGGGGAAGAUUUUUCAUUUUUAGAAAUUGAGAGGAAAGAAAAUCCAAGUAAAAGAUCUUCCCCAAUCCCAGCAAAGUCCCUUGGCUUUUAUCUUGUUCAAAGGGCUUGAAGGAUGAGUUUGGAAAUGACGGAUAAUGAAAGAAAUAGCUUUCAAGGAUUUGUGAAUGCGUAACACGGGGGGACGGGGGACGACAGGAGAGAAGGGGGGGGAAAAGCUGAAGAAAUUGAAACUAGCAAGUAAGAGGAGCCACAGCAUGGGGAACUGCUGCCAGAAGAACUGUACAAGUCUGGAUGCCUAUGUGCUCUGGCUUUUCAAAGUUUGUGACUGCAGGUCAGGAGGUAAGACGGUGACAAGCGAUGAUACAAAUGGCCCUCCGGUAGGACCAUCGAUAUCACCUCCAAUCAGAACGGUAGACCAGAGCUGCAGAUUUGUUGCCUUGUUUCCUUACCAAGCCCGGACUGAGGAUGAUCUGAGUUUUCAACCUGGAGAUAAGCUUGAAGUGCUGGAUACCUCCCAGGAGGGCUGGUGGCUUGCAAACCUACUUGUGGAGAAUGGUCUUGCCAGACCCGGACAAAAACUGCAAGGCUAUAUCCCAGCUAACUAUGUUGCUCCCGACCAGAGUAUUGAAGCUGAACCGUGGUUUUUUGGAUCUAUUAAACGAACAGAUGCUGACAAACAACUCCUUUAUCAUGAGAAUGAGUCAGGAGCUUUUCUAAUCCGAGAGAGUGAAAGUCAAAAGGGUGAAUUUUCCCUUUCAGACAGAAGUCCCAACUCCAUAUGAUUUAUCAUAUCAAACAGUAGAUCACUGGGAGAUUGACCGCAAUUCUCUACAACUUUUAAACAGAUUGGGUUCCGGGCAAUUUGGUGAGGUCUGGGAAGGAUUAUGGAAUAACAGAACACCAGUGGCAGUUAAAACAUUAAAACCAGGUUCAAUGGAUCCAAAAGACUUCCUCAGGGAGGCACAGAUAAUGAAGAAUUUGAGACACCCGAAGCUUAUACAGCUCUAUGCUGUUUGCACUUUACAGGAUCCAAUUUAUAUUGUUACAGAGCUGAUGAGACAUGGGAGUCUGCUAGAAUACCUCCAAAAUGAUGCAGGUUCCAGAAUCCAUGUGCCAGAGCAGGUAGAUAUGGCAGCUCAAGUGGCCUCUGGAAUGGCCUACCUGGAAUCCCAAAAUUUCAUCCACCGAGAUUUGGCAGCAAGGAAUGUCCUGGUUGGUGAUCACAAUGUUUACAAAGUGGCAGAUUUUGGACUUGCACGGGUUUUUAAGGUAGAAAAUGAAAAUGUCUAUGAAGCCAAACACGAAACAAAGCUCCCAGUGAAAUGGACAGCUCCUGAAGCAAUUCGCUCUAAUAGGUUUAGCAUUAAAUCUGAUGUCUGGUCUUUUGGAAUACUCCUUUUUGAAAUAAUCACUUAUGGAAAAAUGCCCUAUGCAGGUCUGAUGGGUUUUCAAGUGCUCCAGAGACUGGAUCAAGGGUACAGAAUGCCGCAACCAGCUAAUUGUCCUCUAGAGUUGUACAACAUUAUGCUGCAGUGUUGGAACGUCGAACCCAAAGAACGUCCAACCUUUGAAACGUUGCAUUGGAGAUUGGAAGAUUAUUAUGACAUGGAUUCCACAUCUUAUGCAGAUGCAAAUACUUUUGUACAUUGAAUGAAUACAUUUUGCUACUGCUCAAAAACAACUUUCCUUUAGGAAUUUUUUUAAAAAAUCAUUUCAAGUCAAUGUUAUAGAAUGAAGAUAAAUCUACCUGUGUACGUGAGUGUGUCUGUGUGUGUGUGUGUGUGUGUGUGUGUGUGUGUGUGUGUGUGUGUGUGUGUGUAGACAGAUCUAUAUAUAAACACACAUACAACACACAUACAUACACAAAUACUCAUAGGGGCCUACUCUCUGCAAUGGGACUGGAAGAAAGAAAGCCUUUUCUGUAAGAGUAAUGCAUUUGUUAGGCUAUUACAUGCUACAUCAAACAAAAGCUGCUAUUUUCACCAAAGUAACCGUGAGAUCAAUCUAACCUCAGAGCAGAUAAAUGGAUAUCUUAAAAUAGUGGCGAAUGCCAAGGAAUGUCUGUUUAUUAAAAUCUGUGACAUUAUGCCACAGUCUUGAUGGCAGUCAUUUAUACUGUAAGAUUAAGAAAACUGAAAUAGACAGGAUCUCACCCCCCCCUCUGCUGCACAAUGAAGUUAUUCUUCUAUUUAUUAUUUAAGCAAGAAAUAGUAAAGAACACAAAUCAUAAACAGCUGCCUCACAAAAGACAUUGCAACACUACUUUUAAUACUUCAGAAUGAUUAUGCGUUAUUCUCCGUAUUCCACAAGUAAUCUGUUAAAUCGCAUUGAUUUGUUUUUAUGAAAGCAUGUGAUUGUGCUUACAGAGAGCCUCUCCAUAAAAAUACUUUUGUCACCUGUAUUCCGCCCCCCCUUUUUUUCUAUACAUAUUCUACAGCUACAAUUCUGGCCACGCUGAAUUAGAAGUUGGGAUUGCGCCCAUGGAAUAGAUGUAUAUUUACUUUUGAAAAAAAUGAGAGAGAAUAUACUUUGGGGAAACACAAUCUAUCAAAAUAAUGGGCUUCUUCAAACAGUAUUUGUUUUGCAGUCAAGUGAUGAGCUUUAGUUCAUAAAUAUAGCCUUUGUAAUUUUAUAACAACCAAAUACUACACAGUUAUAUAUGAGAACCAGACUAUUGCGCACCGCAAUAGAGUGCCAGUCUCUACUUCUUUUAACAGGCUCUGAAUAGAGAUCAGCUGCUUCCAAGCAGAGAUUUCAAAUAAUUCUGUCAAGCAAUUUUCUGAUGUGGAUUUUUGUUUUUAUCUGUCUGAUCAUGGACCACAGUACUGAUAGUAUUGGGGCCACUCAUUCUUUUAUGAAAUGCAUACUUGAAGUUGUUCGAUUGUACUUUUAAGAAUGUGGAAAGAAUCUAAUGUAAAACAUUGGCAUGUUAAAUAAAACUCCAGAUAGAUUUAC